AUGCGACUGUGGGCUCUCCUACAUCGGGCAAGCAAGGAGGAGUAUAAAGAUUCGGGAGUAAGGGAUAGAGAAGAACAUAUUGCAGAUAUGAAACAGAUAUGCGAAAAUAAGUCUAACCAUUACAUUAGAUUUGUAAAACCACAGAUCCUUGCAACUGAACAACGGUGCCCAGCUUGGGAACCCAUUAUACAACAGAUAAAAUCCCAACCCCGAACAGGACACAUUCUGUAAGAAAGUGGGGAGGAAAAGGCGAACGUCUGCUGUAUUUUAUUUCACGAUAUGUAGUUCAUGCCUUCAAGCGUUUCGUUGCAGUUGUAACUAUGGCGUGUUUAAGUUCUAGUAGGCUUUGUGCUCGUGUUCAAGAUAAGUUAAUGUGUCAAUUCGGACAUAAAGUCCGAAGACAAACUGUAUUUGUGAAACUCAAACCUCCUGGACCUUCGCCUUUGCGAUUAUUUGGAAAAACAUGUCAGAGGGUGACCACAUGCGGCCCCGCGUGCGGGACUGGAGUGCACGCGAACACGGGCUCAGCGCGCCGCCUCGCCUCCAGCCUGCAGAGCACGAGCACGGGCUCUUUGCCAGACUAUGGCACACAGAUCGUCGACCCCUACCGUUUGCUGGAGGACGACCUCAACGGGAUAUACGAGGACAUACGAACGGAGUUGCAGAAGAACACCAAUCAGGCAGAACUUAACACCAUAGCCACAUAUUACUUCGACGGACAGGGCAAGGCGCUCAGGCCCAUGGUAGCCAUACUCAUGGCCAGAGCUGUCAACUACCACGUAUACGGUGAAAACAGUGCGCUGCUGCCGUCUCAGAGACAAGUGGCAAUGAUCAGCGAGAUGAUCCACUCGGCGUCACUGAUCCACGAUGACGUCAUCGACCAGAGUGACUUCCGCCGCGGGAAACCCUCAGUGAAUGUGCUCUGGAACCACAAGAAGGUAGCGAUGGCCGGCGACUUCAUCCUCGCUGUGGCGUCGAUGAUGAUAGCUCGCUUGCGCAGCGAUGACGUCACACUUGUGCUCAGCCAGGUGGUGACAGACCUGGUGCAGGGCGAGUUCAUGCAGCUCGGCAGCAAAGAGACGGAAAACGAGCGGUUCGCGCACUACCUCACCAAGACCUACAGGAAAACUGCCUCGCUCAUUGCCAAUUCAGUCAAAGCGGUUGCGCUACUAAGCGGCGCUGACGCGGGCGCCUGCGAGGUGGCGUUCCAGUAUGGGCGCAACCUUGGGCUCGCCUUUCAACUCGUCGACGACCUGCUGGACUUCGUGUCCUCCGCGCAGGCCAUGGGGAAGCCCACCGCCGCUGAUCUGAAGUUAGGGCUCGCCACUGCGCCCGUACUCUUCGCAUGCGAGAAGUACCCAGAGCUGAAUCCGAUGAUAAUGAGGCGGUUCCAAGAGUCAGGCGACGUGGAGAAGGCGUUCGAGCUCGUUCACAAAUCCCGGGGGCUAGAACAGACGCGAUUCCUAGCGCGCAAACAUGGCGCAGAAGCCGCGCGUUUAGCCGCAGAAUUCGCAGAUUCUCCCUACCAAAAGGGAUUGGCAGUAACUGCCGAUCUAGUGCUCAACCGGAUCAAAUAGGACCAUUAAUACCCAACACGGAACGACUGGAAUGCCGUAAGUGAGUGAGUGAAAUCUUUAUUUACCCCAGCCAGUGGUUCCGAGGACCGAAGGACCGAAAAUGUCACGUUGCCGAUGCUAGGACUCGACCCGACUCGCCAGUAUACGCCGCGACCGAGUGAAAUGGCAUUUUCAAGUUUUUGUUAGGCGUUUUUGUUUUGUUCGUUCAUAAGAAUGAUAAGGCAUCUGAAGUUCCGAUGCCCUUUAUUGAGGGCGAAGCCGAAAGAUUUUUAGAAGACAUGAAUUAUUUUAUUUAUUUUGCAAAAAGGUGAUUUUCGGAAUCGCCGAUGUUUAGCUUCGAGCUGGCUUUAUGUACUUUCAUGGAGAAAUCAAUGGGUACUCCGAUGGUAUUGACGACGAUGAUGAUUUUUAAUGAUACGGAAUUUCAGAUACCUUUUCUUUGUGAGUGUUCUCGAAGUGUGUACUUUAUUUUAUCGGGUGUCUAGUGAAGGUGCCAGUUCGGUCAACCCGGCGAGUCUACACACACCGACUUUACCGUCGAUAUUUUAUGUCAAGUAAAAAAGAAAUUAUGUGCCCUG